AGCACAUUGACUGCACUGGAAUUCUCUCUGUACAUGCUUCCAACAGGGAUGGAAGGAAACCCAGCAACAAUCGCACAUUCGUCAGUUACAAAUGCUUCAUUCGCUCCGGAUCGGUUCAGUUCUUCAAGUGCCGUGCUCGCGUAAAGACGCAAAAGUUGCCAAACUAGUAAAAAACCGCGCAAACCUACCACCGAUCGCAGCUUAAUCGAAAGCACCUCCCAAUUAGUUCAAACUCAACUACUACCCAGCAAAAGCUAAACCAACCAGCAAUCUACAAUCAUGUCGGUCAACCGUGCUCCAAAAUCCGGAUUCGCCGCCGAGGCCCAGAGAAAGAUCAACUCCAAAUACAGCGAAGAGCUCGCCGCGGAAUGUUUGGAAUGGAUCAAGGAAGUGACCGGCGAACCGAUCAACACCUCCGGCGAGAUGGACAACUUCUACGAGGUGCUCAAGGAUGGCGUCCUGUUGUGUAACCUGGCCAACGCGAUCGAAGCCGGUACGGUUAAGAAGAUCAACACCAGCAAGAUGGCCUUCAAGUGCAUGGAGAACAUCUCGGCCUUCCUCGAGGGUGCCAAGAAGUUCGGCGUUCCACCGCAGGAGACCUUCCAGACCGUGGACCUGUGGGAACGGCAAAACCUCAACUCGGUAGUCAUCUGCCUGCAGUCGUUGGGCCGAAAAGCCGGUAAGUAUGGCAAGCCAUCGAUCGGACCCAAGGAAGCCGACAAGAACGAACGCCAGUUCAGCGACGAGCAGAUGCGUGCCGGUCAGACCGUGAUCUCGCUGCAGUACGGUUCCAACAAGGGAGCGACCCAGAGUGGUAUCAACUUCGGCAACACCAGACAUAUGUAAGAAGGCAUUCCACCACUUCCUCCUUUUGUGUAUUCGUUACUUUGUGUAAAUUACUUCUGGCAAUCGCGAGCGAUCGCCGAAGCCUAAGAUGAUAAGAACAAACAGUUGAAAUUCGUAGACAACGACUGGGGCAGCAGACAACCAUGUGGAUACCAUCGGAGAUAAUUUUACCACUUAAGUCAUCGUUGGUCGGGGUCCGAAUGGCAUAAAGUCGUUUGGUAGAAACUCAUUUUGGCAUAGUCAUGACCACUAUAUGCAUCAAGUGGUCAUAAGUAGAAUAUACUCUUUUUAUUAGACCAUUCUUUGAGUUUUGCAAACGGCUUUAUGCCAAUCGGAGCAACCUCUUCAUCAACAUUAGAGGGCGAUCGUUGAAUUUUACCACGCUUCCUUCGUUAUAAGCCAUUAAUCGAUGUUAGACUUUGAAAUGUUAUCAACAAACUGAGAAAGGGUUCUAAAGUGCAUUUGACCAUUCGAGUAGGCCUUAAAGUUAAUCAUGUUACAAAAGAAAAAAAAACAAUAAAGACAGGAUUAGAGUAAAACUAUAGAAAGUGAUGGCUUUCCCGUGCAAAAUAAAAAUCAACCACAUAGAACAAAAUAGAGUGCUCUUAAAACACAAAAACAAAACUAGAACAAAUGGGUGCAUUUCGCCAAUCAUUCCAACUUUCAAAUAAACAAAUAAUCCCUAAACAAAGCAUUCAAAGCAACAAACCAUUCCAAUAUACCGAACCUUUGGUGUUAGAGACAGGUGUAGCCUUAAAGCCAAAUUAGAGCGUUUACAAAUUAACUUAUAUAACAAACAAAGUAAAAACUGUUAACGAAUUUUGGUGCCAUUGGUAACCAACCCACAAAAGUAUUUAUCAACGUCUAAUGUAGAAACACAGUAAUUACUGAACAGCUGAAACAGCUACUCUUCAUUCGAGUUUGGUUACUGAUGUAUGGUUGCUUAAGAGGUUUAACAUUUGGAUUUUUUUAUACGAAUGGGAACAAAAAUGAGAGCCUUAAAAAGACACAAAACAAUUCGAGAACACUAACUAAAUGCUAUUUUUGUAACAGUAUUUCUCCCCCUAACGGGGUCUGUACGCGGAGACGAAAUCGAAAAUUUGCCAUUUCUGCCUUUAAAUCAUUUCUUUUUUUCCGUACUAUUUAUCAGAUGCCCCGAUGCAGGUUUAUUGUCUUUUUGCUAUAACUUUUCCAUGUUUUCAGAUAAGUUUAUAUUAUUUAAAAAUAAAGAUUUAAAUAAAAAAAAA